CCCCGCCCCCCGCAGCUCUGGGUGACGCGUCUCCAAUAACAGCUCGCGGGGAGCCGCGUCCGCGCCCGCCGCCCUGCCACCAUGCGGGCCGAGGACGGCGGCGGCCUGGAGCGCUUCUGCAGCCCGGGCAAAGGCCGGGGGCUGCGGGCCCUGCAGCCCUUCCAGGUGGGGGACCUGCUCUUCUCCUGCCCGGCCUACGCCUGCGUGCUCACGGUCAACGAGCGGGGCAACCACUGCGAGCACUGCUUCGCCAGGAAAGAAGGCUUGUCCAAAUGCGGAAGAUGCAAGCAGGCAUUUUACUGCCAUGUGGGGUGUCAGAAAGAAGAUUGGCCCAUGCACAGGCUGGAAUGUGCUCCCAUGGUGGUUUGGGGGGAAAACUGGAAUCCCUCAGAGACCGUGAGGCUCACUGCAAGGAUUCUGGCCAAACAGAAGAGCCACCCGGAGAGGACACCUUCGGAGAGACUGCUGGCCGUGCAGGAGUUUGAAUCACAUCUGGAUAAAUUGGACAAUGAGAAGAAGGAGCUGAUUCAGAGUGACAUUUCUGCCCUCCAUCACUUCUACGCCAAGCACCUCGAGUUCCCCAGCACCGAGAGCCUGGUGGUGCUCUUUGCACAGGUUAACUGUAACGGCUUCACAAUCGAAGAUGAAGAACUUUCUCAUUUGGGAUCAGCAAUAUUUCCUGACGUUGCACUGAUGAACCAUAGUUGCUGCCCCAACGUCAUUGUGACCUACAAGGGGACCCUGGCCGAAGUCAGAGCCGUCCAGGAAAUCGGCCCAGGAGAGGAGGUGUUCACCAGCUACAUCGACCUCCUGUAUCCCACCGAAGAUAGGAACGACCGGCUGAGAGAUUCCUAUUUCUUCACCUGCCAGUGCCCGGAGUGCACCACCAGGGACAAGGAUCAGGCCAAGGUGAAAAUCCGGAAGCUUGACGAUCCCCCCAAGGCAGAGGCUGUCCGUGACAUGGUCAGGUACGCACGCAACGUCAUCGAGGAGUUCCGGAGGGCCAAGCACUACAAAUCCCCUAGCGAGCUGCUGGAGAUCUGCGAGCUCAGCCAGGAGAAGAUGAGCUCCAUGUUUGAGGACAGCAAUGUGUACAUGUUGCACAUGAUGUACCAGGCCAUGGGCGUCUGCUUGUACAUGCAGGACUGGGAAGGAGCCCUGCGAUACGGACAGAAGAUCAUUAAGCCCUACAGUAAGCACUACCCGCUGUACUCCCUCAACGUGGCCUCCAUGUGGCUGAAGCUGGGGAGACUGUACAUGGGCCUGGAAAACAGAGCCGCCGGAGAGAAGGCCCUGAGGAAGGCCAUUGCGAUCAUGGAAGUGGCGCACGGCAAAGAUCACCCGUACGUUUCUGAGAUCAAACAGGAAAUCGAAAGCCACUGAAACGAUGGCAGCGGGCAGUUUUCAUGUAAAUGCUCGUGCAGAAGAAACCCUCGGGGGCUUGGCUAUUUCAGGUCACGUGCACACCGCGGCAUUUCUGCAAAAUCACUGCAAGGAAAACACCGUUCGCACUUAAACCGGACACGUGGCUCACUUGGAAUUGGUCUUAAUCUUUACCCUUACGACCACAUUCAUUUCUGAUGCUUUUUCCCCCCUAAGAGAUAAUGGCAUGGUUUCAUAUAUUGUUGUACUUUGGACAGGCUGAGUUUUAAAAAAAUAGAUUCUUUUCCCCUUCAUGGCUAUUCUGAUAAUGCCCUGAACGAUGAAAGGGAAUAAAAAGGUAAUAGUGUUUGAAGUUUGUGUUUCCUCUGGUCUGCGGGAUUUCAAAGAGGUGGUGGGGGCCCCACGGUGGCGGGGAGGUCACACCUGUUCCGCGUCAGGAGCCCAGGCCUCCCCCAGGACGGGGUCAGGUGAAGUUGCUGUGGGGAUUCAGUGCCAAUGGAGGACGAAAGGGGGAAGAGACACCUGUGGAAAAGGUGAAGCGACUGAGAAGUACCACUUGGCGGUUACAAAGUAGCCACUGGGAUGUGUCCUCUCUUCACUGCUGUUAUGUUUCCUUCCUCGUGUCCACACACCCACACACAGGGCGCACACACAGUUCACAGCGCACAGAGCCAGCAGGAGGAUGCGCCCUCUGUGCAGUCAGGUGCAGUGAGACACUGAGUGAGCACCUACUGUGCGCAAAGCAGUCUGCAUAGCUCUCCGAGCACAGCGUGGGGAGUGUAGCCAGUGAUAUCGCGAUAACUGUAUGGCCAGCUAGAUGUCUAACCAGCAUACUGUACACCUGAAACCAACACAACAGUGAAU